CCGUUUGCUUUUGUCUGAUUCCUUCCUGCUUCUCUCGGGCUCAGCCUCUCUUCUCUCUCUCUCUUUCCCUCUCUCUCUCCCCUUUCAUAAAAAGAUGCCGAGCUCGCUCUUCACCGACAUGGAGCGGAACUCCGGCGGCAGCAGCAACAAUAACAACGGAGGAGGAGGGGAGACGCUGGAUGACCAGAGAGCGCUGCAGAUCGCCCUGGAUCAGCUCUCGCUGCUCGGUUUGGACAACGACGAGAACUCCAUUUACGAUAACGAGCCGAGGAAGAAGAGCGUCAACAUGACCGAGUGCGUGCCUGUGCCGAGCUCGGAGCAUGUAGCAGAGAUCGUGGGCAGACAAGGUUGCAAAAUCAAAGCUUUGCGGGCAAAGACCAACACCUACAUCAAAACCCCGGUGCGUGGGGAGGAGCCUGUCUUCGUUGUGACCGGUCGCAAGGAGGAUGUGGCCAUGGCCAGGCGGGAGAUCAUCUCGGCAGCCGAGCAUUUCUCCAUGAUCCGAGCUUCCCGCAACAAGAACACGGCGCUGAACGGAGCGGCGCCAGGCCCCCCGAAUCUGCCGGGUCAGACCACCAUCCAGGUGCGGGUCCCUUACCGGGUAGUGGGCCUGGUGGUGGGGCCUAAAGGAGCGACCAUCAAACGCAUCCAGCAGCAGACCCACACUUACAUCGUCACCCCGAGCCGGGACAAGGAGCCGGUCUUCGAGGUGACGGGGAUGCCCGAGAACGUGGACCGGGCGCGGGAGGAGAUCGAGGCUCACAUCGCCAUGAGAACCGGCGGCCUGAUCGAACUCACCGACGACAACGAUUUCCACGCGAACGGUACCGACGUAGGUUUCGAGCUGGGCGGCCCGGGCAGCCUGUGGAACAAGCCGACCCCCGGCCGUAAACCGUUCUCCACUUACCGGAACGACAGCUCGAGUUCGCUAGGCAGCGCAUCCACCGACUCUUACUUCAGCCCGGCCGGCCGCUUGGCCGACUACAGCCCGCCCGCUCACUUCCCCGCCAACGGAGGCGGCGGCAGCAGCUUCGUGUACGGUGGGGAACCUCUCCCCGCCUCCCUGACCGGAGAAACUGAGCGGGACUUGGGUUUCGAGUCUCCCGGUUUCGACCCGGCCCCUGCCCCCCCGGCCAUCAUCUGGUCGCAGUUCGAGCGCUCCAACCCGCCCGGCGCUUCCACUAACGGCGUGUCUUCGGCGCAGCAGCAACGGCGGGCCAGCAGCGUCGGUUCGGCGGGAGCUCCGCCGCCCCGGCUCUCACCACCUCCUCCCCCACCCCCGCCGCCUCCUCCUCCCCCUCCUCCGCCGCUGGGCCUGAACGGAGCCGCCGCUGGGGGUGAGCACCAUCCGCUGGCCCGGCGGGUACGCAGUGACCCCCUGAGCGGGGUGCCCUCAACUAUCGGCCUGGUCCCUUUCGCCAACGGCGGACCCGCCACUGCUCUGCUGCCCGGGGGCAGUCACCUCGCCGGCGGCAUCCCAGCCGAGCCCAGCGGCUCCUGCUCAUCGUCCUCGUCCUCCUCUUCCUCGUCCUCCUCAUCGUCCUCCUCCAGUAUGAGGCGGAAAGGCAGCCGGGACUGUCUGAUGUGUCUGGAGAGCGAGGUGAUCGCUGCCCUGGUCCCCUGUGGCCACAACCUUUUCUGUAUGGAGUGUGCGAACAGAAUCUGCGAGAAGACUGAGCCUGAGUGUCCAGUCUGCCGCAAAGCUGUAACUCAGGCGAUUCGUAUAUUUUCUUAAAAAAAACACCAGGCAGGAGCAAAAUCCUUUGUAAUACUGCAUCACUGAGAUCCAGAAAAGAGUUAGCAAAAAAAAACUACAUAUCGCGUAUAUUAUGUGAAAAUCCGCAGGUUUUAACAAAAAAAGAGAAUUCUAAAAAAAAGAGAAUUGCAUUACAGAUUGAAGUAUUUUAUUCUUUUUUGACUUGAAAAAUUAUAUUUCGUAUGGCAGAUGUUUACAAGUAUUUUAAUUUAAUUUCAGUGAGACUUUUUUGUAGCUGGGUUAAAUCUUUUUAUUUUCGAAUGGCCUUAAACCAGGGCGCCACGAACACUGUAUGGUUUUGUUAGUAUCUCACACAAUACUGUUGCCUGGCUCUUGAGACGCAACACCAAUGUGUAGACACGAGCAGUAUUCAGGAGGGAAGGCGGUUUCAGCAGAAACAGAAGUGGACAAAAAAAAGACUUCUUUAAAAAAAAAACCCGCUUCACCCAA